AUGUUUCAAGGUUCUAGCAACUCCUUAUUUUCGUUAGUUGAUGAUUUAGAUACUUUGAAUAAUAUCAAGACUAACGACACGUCCACGUUUGUAUCGAGGUCAAAUUCAGUUAAUCUUCAAGAUUAUAGUCAUCAAAGUCAAAGUAAAAAUAUCAUCUUAUUAACUGGAUUACCAGCCACUGGUAAAAGUACCAUCAGUAAACAACUUACUGAAUAUUUGAAUAGUUCAACUAAUUUAAAGACCAAAAUUUUCAAUUGUGGUGAUAAGAGAAGACAAACAUUUAAAAAAUUUAAUAACUAUGAAUUUUUUGAUCCUAAUAAUGAAAUCAGUAAGAUGAAAAGAGAUUUAAUAGCUAUUGAGUCAUUAAAUUUAAUCAUCAGUGAAUUAAAUAAUGAUUUAAAUAUUGGAAUCUUAGAUGCUACUAAUACCACUAUUGAGAGAAGAUCAAAUUUAAUCAAUUUAAUUAAUAAAACCAUCAAAUUAGAUAAUUUAAUCAUACUAGAUAUCCAAUGUAAUAAUGAAAAAUUGAUUAAUUAUAAUAUACAAGCAAAAACCAAUAAUGAUGAUUAUAAGAAUUGUGAAUUCAAAAAAUCCAUUGAAGAUUUUACUAAAAGGUUACAAAAUUACCAAAAAGCUUAUCAACCAAUAACCGAUGAUGAAUUAAAUAAUUAUGAUAUUUCCAGUUAUAUAAUGAUUGAAAAUGCUGGAGAAAAUUUCCAUUUUAAGAAUUUUACUCAUUCAUUAUUGAUAACGAUUUUGAAUGAUUUCUUUAAUGAGUACUCCCAAACUGAAACUAAAAGGUAUUUUGCCAAAGUUAAUGAGUUUUAUAAUGAAUUAUAA